AUGAACAUAAUGGAAAAUAGCCCUUUCUUGGCUAGCAUCAUGAAGCAGAGUGCUUUGUGUGGCGAACUGAAGUAUGACUUAUCCUGUGAACUCUACAGAAUGUCGACGUUUUCUACGUUCCCCAUUAACGUGCCGGUGUCAGAACGGAGUCUUGCCCGGGCUGGGUUUUAUUACACUGGCGUGCAAGAUAAAGUUAAGUGCUUCAGUUGUGGCUUAACAUUGGACAACUGGCAACCAGGAGAUAAUGCUAUGGAAAAACACAAGCAGCUGUAUCCUAGCUGCAGUUUUGUUCAAAACAUGCUUUCAGUUAACAACCUUGGACUGUCCUCUCGUUCUGCCUUUUUGCCUCUGGUCACAAACAACCUCUCACCAUCUCUACAUUCCGUAGCAGCUUCUCCAAGUUUAGAACAAGUUGGAUAUUUCAGUGGCUCUUUUUCCAGUUUUCCUCAAGACCCGAUAACUACCAGGGCAGUUGAAGACCUUUCAUUCUUGAGACCUAAACUUCACAAUCCUUCUAUGAGUACAGAAGACGCUAGACUACGCACUUUUCACUCAUGGCCACUGACGUUUCUCUCACCUACCGAUCUGGCAAAGGCUGGACUUUAUUACUUGGGGACAGCAGACAAAGUUGCUUGUUUCACCUGCGGGGGUCAGCUUAGUAACUGGGAGCCAAAAGAUAAUGCUAUGUCAGAGCAUCGGAGACACUUUCCUAAUUGCCCUUUUGUGGGAAGCCUUAGUCGAGACCAGCCAAAUUUCAAUGUUUCGAAUGUGAGCAUGCAAACCCAUGAAGCACGUGUUAAAACUUUCAUAAAUUGGCCGACUAGAAUUCCAGUUCAGCCUGAACAGCUUGCGAAUGCUGGCUUUUACUAUGUAGGCCGCAACGAUGAUGUCAAGUGUUUUUGCUGUGAUGGUGGGUUAAGGUGCUGGGAAUCUGGAGAUGAUCCAUGGGUUGAGCAUGCAAAGUGGUUUCCAAGGUGUGAGUAUCUGCUUCGUGUAAAAGGAGGAGAGUUUGUAAGUCAAAUUCAGGCCAGGUUCCCCCAUCUUCUUGAACAGCUCUUGUCAACCUCUGAUACAUCUGUAGAUGAAAACAUUGAUCCUCCAAUUAUUCAUUUUGAACCUGGAGAGAGUCAUUCAGAAGAUGCAAUCAUGAUGAACACGCCUGUGGUUAAAGCUGCCUUGGAGAUGGGAUUCAGUAGAAGGCUGAUAAAGCAAACAGUGCAAAGUAAAAUCUUGGCCACUGGAGAAAACUACAAGACUGUUAAUGAUCUUGUGUCUGAUCUACUCACUGCUGAAGAUGAGAAGAGGGAAGAGGAGAAAGAGAGACAAUUUGAAGAAGUGGCAUCAGAUGAUUUGUCCUUAAUCCGGAAGAAUCGAAUGGCUUUAUUCCAGCGUUUAACAUGUGUACUUCCAAUCCUCGGGAGUUUACUAUCAGCCAAAGUGAUAACGGAACUUGAGCAUGAUGUUAUUAAACAAAAGACUCAGACACCACUGCAAGCAAGGGAACUGAUAGAUACAGUUUUAGUGAAAGGAAACGAAGCAGCCAGCAUAUUCAGAAACUGUCUACGAGAUUGUGACCCUGUACUGUACAAAGAUUUAUUUGUGGAGAAGAACAUGAAGUAUGUUCCCACAGAAGAUGUUUCAGGUUUACCUAUGGAAGAACAAUUAAGAAGACUGCAAGAGGAAAGAACAUGUAAAGUUUGCAUGGACAAAGAAGUUUCUAUUGUUUUUAUUCCGUGUGGUCACUUAGUGGUUUGCAAAGAAUGUGCACCGUCCCUUAGAAAAUGCCCGAUUUGCAGGGGGACAAUAAAGGGCACGGUUCGUACCUUUCUUUCGUAAGGAGGGAAACUUGCACAUUGUCUGUGCCUGUCAUCCUCCAACUGCUGAAGCUUAAGCCAGCAGUGUCUGAAGAAUGGAAA